ACUUCUCAAAACAUGGCGGUUUCAAGGAGUAAUACUCCUCAGUUGUCGGAUGUUUUUCUUUUGACGUGGUCAGUAGAAACGAAACACGAUGUAUUUGAGAGGUGGUCGCAAGGAUUUUACUUCAGUGAUGAUGAGCCAACAGCCUUAGUUCAAAAUUGUGGUGGUCCUUGCUCGGUGAUUGCAUCAGUGCAGGCAUAUUUGGUGAGGCGAUUGAUAUUUGAGAGGAAAGGAUGUUCGGAAAAUGAUGAUUGGCGAAAAAUCAAUGGCAAAGAGAGAAAGGCUGUGUUAUGUCAAACACUUAUUGAUAUCUGGAAACUAGUGGCUGAAAAAGAUUACCAAGUCGUUUUGACCAAAAACCAUCAGAUAAAUGAGGGAAACGAAAACCAACCAAUGGAAAUCGUGCAAACCGUUGGCGAGUCAUCCAUUCAAGGUGAAAAGACAAGUCAAUCCACACGCGAAGACUAUCAUAAAAACAUAUGUUCCCAAACGACAGCUCAGACUAAAGAUGAUUUCCAUUCUACCUUGAGGCAAUUUUCCUGUUGUAAAUCGGAGCAUUUGGAGAACUUUAUCACGAGAAAUAUUCAUCAGUUCGAAGGAACAUUUGGGGUUCUGUUGUUCUUAUAUUCCAUAUUAUUAAGCAAGGGUAUAAAAGAAAUUAAGUCAGAAAUGGACGAAACCGUUGCAAGUCCACUUAUCGACCCAAUUCAUGGCCACGGUAGCCAAAGCAUGGUGAAUCUAAUGUUAACUGGCCACGCGGUAUCUCAUGUUUGGGACCUGGAACGAGAUGUGGGCGGAUUAAAAUUAAAGGGAAUACCGAAACAAUCCAACAUUGGUUUUCUCUCGUUAUUGGAAUCCAUGCGAUAUUGUGAGGUCGGCAGCUUUUUAAAAUGUCCGAAACAUCCAAUCUGGCUGCUGGCCAGCGAAACUCAUUUGACUGUUCUUUUAACCAAGGAAAAUAUUGACCGAAACAGACCAGUAGACAUUGCUAGAAGUGUUUUCAAAACAUACGACACUCAAGAAAAUGGAUUUAUUGAAAGAGAAAAACUGAAAGAUGUACUUGAAGCUUUGGAACUCGAAACCGAACCAGAUUAUGUUGGCUUUAUGCAAAAUUAUUUAGAUCCAGACUCAUCAGGAAUUAUUUUACUUCAUGCGUUUCAAAUGUUUUAUCCUGAAGAGUUUAGCUUGAUGCUAGAAGAGUCGGACUUUGCAAAAAGUUUUCAUGUUUAUCAUUAUAACGGUUUAUCAAAAAGUUGUGGAAAGGAAGAUGGAAGAAAAAAGGUUGUGUAUUCUGAAGGAACGUGUACGUUAUUGUCUGGUGAUGUCGUCUGUGUUUCUGAUGGGCCUUUUUUAAACUGUCUAAGAACUAAAUGGCCUAAUGUGAUUAUUGAUUGGAAAAAUGAAGCCAAACCAUCUCUUAACUAAAGUCUUCGUGCUAAAUGUUUUGGGAUGCUGCACGUACAGAAAGCAUGCGUAUCAAUGUAUUCAUUUUAAUGAAAGUAACUUGUAACGUUGUGGCAUGUUUUAUGUCGUAUGACGACGUGAAACUGCAACAUUUGAUAAAAUUUUAUGAAAGAUCACCGCGCUGGAAGAACCAUAUUCAGCCAAACUUUUUUCA